UCGGAGGGGGAGGGGUGUCCCGUCGGCAGGCACACAGACAGCAGGCAGCAGCUGCAGCGACAGGACCCCGCGCUGUUAUUCUGCACUGAAAACAUUCACAUUACGAUUUUAGCUCCGAAAAACACACACACGCACACGCAGGUUUAGAAACACUCACACGCACGACCUCUUUCUAAAAUGGUAGACCGCGAGCAACUGGUGCAGAAAGCCAGGCUGGCCGAGCAGGCAGAGAGGUAUGAUGAUAUGGCAGCUUGCAUGAAAUCGGUCACAGAGCUGAAUGAAGCACUAUCCAACGAGGAGCGGAACCUCCUCUCUGUGGCCUAUAAGAAUGUGGUUGGGGCAAGGCGUUCAUCCUGGCGCGUCAUCUCCAGCAUUGAGCAGAAGACAUCAGCUGACGGCAAUGAGAAGAAGAUUGAGAUGGUGCGGGCCUACCGGGAAAAGAUCGAGAAGGAGCUGGAGUCCGUCUGCCAGGAUGUGCUCAACCUCCUCGACAACUACCUGAUCAAGAACUGCAACGAGACGCAGCACGAGAGCAAAGUGUUCUACCUGAAGAUGAAGGGCGACUACUACCGCUACUUGGCUGAGGUUGCAACGGGGGAGAAGAGAGCCUCGGUGGUGGAGUCCUCUGAGAAGUCCUACAGCGAGGCCCACGAGAUCAGCAAGGAGCACAUGCAGCCAACCCACCCCAUCCGCCUGGGCCUGGCUCUUAACUACUCUGUCUUCUACUAUGAGAUCCAGAACGCGCCAGAGCAGGCGUGCCACCUGGCCAAGACCGCUUUCGAUGACGCCAUUGCCGAGCUGGAUACCCUCAACGAGGACUCCUACAAAGACUCCACUCUCAUCAUGCAGCUGCUACGAGACAACUUGACGCUCUGGACGAGCGACCAGCAGGACGACGAGGGAGGAGAGGGCAACAACUAAGGAGUCCAGAACCCCAUUCUGCCAAAACAACACAAACACACGCGCUCACAAAUGAUGACAAAAAUAAUAAUAAUAAUAGUUAAAAUGUUCUUAGAAAUGUAAAACAAAAAAAAGAGGGAGGGUGGGUUG